AUGAAUCAUUGUAGAAAAAUCAAAGUGAAAAUAUACAAAGAUGGAACAGAUUCGGGUAUAGAUAACACGUCAGACACGAGCGACAGCAACGAUGACAAUCCUUUGGGAAAACGUUAUAGAAAAGUACAAAUCGCGGACGAAAAAGAGUCGUCGUCGACGACGUCGACGACGCAGCAGCAGCAUCAGCAGGAGCAUAAAAGAAAAAAGAAAAAUUGCGACAUAAUGGAGUAUUUAAAAUUCAACGAAAAUCUUUACGAUUGCGAUAACAAAACCGGAAAACAAUUUUUCAAUUCUUUGAUUUUAGGUCAAUACGAAACGGUGGAUUUUACGAUAAAUUCAAACACGGCGGGUAAACCAUCAUGGCUGAACGUGGAAAAAUUUCGAAGGGGUCAAAAAUUUGCAAGAGAUCAUUUUUUUUGCAUAAAUUUUGCGGAAAUGCUGUCGCUGUUUAUAUUGUUCGCGCAAAAAUCCGCACUCGACGCGUUGAUUUACACGGGAAAUUCGGAUUCUCCUUACACGGCUUUCGUUAGGUACCUGAGCACGGUCGUCAAAUUAUUAUCGUGGUACCAGGACGACGACGUUUGGAACGACGAGGUCGAAAGUUUCGGAAAGAAUAAUUUAACGAUAGUACGUGGAAUGCAUAAAAACGUGUACACGUCAAUGACGAACAGUUCGAACGAUGAAUUAAUGACUAAAACGACAUUGGGUGAUCCGUCGCGCGUCGCUCUAUGGUGUCCGUUACAAAGUUUACUCUUGCAAGAUUUUCCAAACGCAUUUCGCUAUAAAAUGACUACGGAUAAAUUUUCGCCAUUAAAAUAA